AUGGAGAUGUGGAGUAGGAGUGAAGAACAACCAAUUCUGCCUCCACAAUAUUCUAGACAGCCAGGAAGGCCACGAACAAAGAGGAUUAGAGAUUUAUUGGAGAAGUUGGCUGCAAAUGGAACAAAGCUUGGAAGAGUUCAUCGGUCCUUGAAGUGUAGCAAUUGUCAAAGAGUUGGCCACAACGUGAAGACAUGUCACAGAAAUCUUCCACCAAAAGAUAAGCAAGCUGCAAAUGUGAACAAGAAAAGGAAGCUGAACAAUGGAGAAGGAACUGCAUCUCAAAACGCCCAGGUUGAUCCCAUAAUUUUUUUGCAACCUAAACCUGGAAGAAAACCAGCAUUGAGUAAGAAUGACUUGAGGAAAAACCAUCUAAAAGUGGUUGAAUAUCAAAGGAAGAAGAUGGCUGCAUUGAAGGCAUCUAGAAAAGCUGCUGCUGCUGCUGCCACCCCUGCUAACUCUACCAAAGCUGCUGCUACCGCCACAAAAUCCAAGUCCACCAAAGCUGCUACUGCUGCUGCCGCAUCUACCUCAGCAACCACAAGGCCUCCGACAUCGAGUAAAGCAUCAAAAGGUCAAUCUCCAACACCUUGCAGAUCAUCUCAAAGGAUUAGGCAGAAUUCCAAGCAAGGGGGAAAGUAG